AACAAAUUAAUUUUUUAACAAUACUAGCAGAUGACUAUUCCAAAUCGUGCCCUCAGAACCGUAAGAAUGAACCACACGAACAUAUCGUGGGUUCCUGUAUUCUCUGUAAAGACUUCUUCCACCCUACAAUCCGAUAAAGAAACACCACGUAAAAGGCGAGAAGGGCAUAAGCCACGGACCACAGUCCCCGAGGACAAAGAAACGUACCAUGUUCUCACCAUACAAACCGACCCAAUACACCGCCGAACCAUGUGCGCCCUCCGCGAACGUUACUAUCCACCUUCGCUUCUUCGAGUUAGCGCACAUAUAUCUCUAUUCCGCGCGUUACCGGGCUCCAUGCUUCCAGUAAUAAAAACGGACAUUGCGGCUGCGGCGGCCCAAACGGCACCCUUUGACAUUCGCGCGGUAGGUCCGCCGGUCCGGCUUGGACGCGGCGGCGUAGGGGUCUCAGUAUCAGGCUUAGAACCGGUGGAGAAACUCGUUAAGGAUUUUCAGAAUAAGUGGCAGGAUACCCUAAGCCGACAAGAUCGUGCCGCAUUUCGUGGCCACUAUACUCUGAUGAAUAAGGUUGACGACCCCGAAGUAGUCGCACGAUGCUUUGAAGAGGUAAGCCGUGAGAUGGAGCCAAACGGCUGUCCAGGGACGGCGCUGGGAUUGAGUUUAUGGAGAUAUGAUAAUGGAUGGUGGCGCCAUCAGGAGGACUUCCCGUUUUCUGGUACGGGUGAUAAGAGUUCGUGAAGUGCCUCCGCUCUAUUACUCACCUACCGACGACCAAUAGGUCAAAAACUUGAAUUUAUGGGAUCGCACCUAUAUUCUAACCUACCACAUUGAUUCAAUGGGUUAGCCUAGCUCGAAGAUCAGGGAUAGAGGCUGGCCCGGGUUAGUGGGUCCCUUUGCCGGAAACUUAAUAUUUGGCGCCGGUAACUUUUCGGCGAUCCGCACCGGGAGUAAGUCACGAUAGCCGGAUAUUCCGGCUGACCAAGGCUAUGAAAAGCGGCUAGUAAGCCCGGGAAACAAGCCCAGGGAAACCGGUAUGUAACGAUUAUACACAUUAACAAAAUUAAGAGGUAUAUUUACAUGUGUUGCGUCA